GAAAAUAAACAAACCGUGAAUACGUUCCCGUUCAGUCUGAAGAUGGCGGCAGCAGGAGCCGGGUCUCCGGGCCGGCUGGUCCAGUACGUGGUGGUCCGCUCGGAUCUGGUCCACCAGCUGUCGUGGCCGCUGGGAGCCGUCAUCACUCAGGCCUGCCAUGCUGCUACCGCCGCGGUCCACCUGCACUACGGAGACCCAGACACCCAGCGGUACCUGGAGGAGCUGGACAGCAUGCACAAAGUGGUGCUGGGGGCUCCAGAUGAAGCUGCUCUCUCCAGCCUAUCAGAGAGUCUGACACAAGCUGGCGUCUCCCACAAACUGUGGAUCGAACAACCAGAGAACAUCCCCACAUGCCUGGCUCUUAAACCAUACCCAAAAGAGACUGUCCAGCCUCUGAUGCGGAAGUUUAAACUCUUCAAAUGACUGAUGCUGCUGCUGCUUUACAAAGAUGUUGGAGUUUAGAAUCUGCUUCCUUUGACAACCUGAUUUGACAUAAAUGCAGCAAUUGUCUGUCUAUGAACCCAAACAGCUGGAAAUUACGCAAUUAAAACCAGAAGAGAUGUUUGUUAAUUUGUUCAGGCGUUAAACAAAAUAUAGAAGAGUAUAUAAGCAGGACGAACAUGCAUAUGUGAUGUAGAAAUAAAUUGCGCUGUGGGUGGCACCAACUACCAACUGAUCUACAACUGUAGCAACAAAAGGCUCCAAUCUGAGUUCUCUGCUGGUCUUGUUUGCAUAAAUAAACAACUGUUGUUUAA